AUGGACUCUAUCGUCAACUUUGCCUCGCAGCAGCUCUCCGGCCAGGGCCAGCAGCAGAACAACGGCCAGCAGCAGCAGGAGGGCCAGCAGCAGCAGCAGCAGCAGGGUGGCAACGGUGGCGGCCUCAACAUCGGCGCCCUUGCCGGUCUCGCCGGUAGCGCCCUCGGCGGCGGUGGUGGCCAGCAGCAGCAGGGUGGUGGCGGCCUCAACCUCGGCUCGCUCAUCUCGGGUGCCAACCAGCAGCACGGCAACGGUGAUGCCCUCUCGGGCAUGAUCGGCACCGCUCUCGGCAAGGCUCAGAACGUCGGCCCCGACGCCCAGAUCAACGAGCAGGCCGUCCAGAAGGACCACGACCAGGCCUACAACCAGGGCAACGCCGCCGGCCUCUCGGCCUCGGCCAUGGGCUCGGCCGCCGCUAUCCAGGCCUUCAAGUCGUUCGCCUCGGGCGGCCAGCAGCAGCAGUCGGGCGGUGGCAGCAUGAUUGAGAAGCUCCUCGGCAUGGCCAUGUCGGAGGCUGCCAAGCUCUUCGACAAGUCGGGCGGAGCCGCCAGCGGCAACAAGCAGGACGUCAUGAACUCGGCCGGUGAGACCGUCAUGAAGCUCCUUGUCCAGAACCAGAUCCAGGGCAGACCCUCAGCUGACGACUACAAGGCCCUCGGCGGUGGUGGUGGCGGCGGCGGUGCCGGCCAGCUCAUCGGCCUCGCCUCCAAGUUCCUCAAGUAA